AUGCACGAUGACGGCUCCGCUGGGUGCUCGUCGGCCGGUCCGGUGGCACCCUAUUCGCGCGUCACCUGCCGGCGUCCCGACGACAGCCUCGCGCCGCCGCUGAUGGAGGGGCGGUCGGCGCCACUGCCGCCGCGCCGCCGGUGGGAGAGGCACUGGUGGUCCCCUCUGGCGGGGGAGGCGGGGGGCCCCUAG